ACUCGAUUAUAAUGAAAGAGAAAAUAAUUGAAUGGCAUCUUUCGCAAAUGGAGAAUUGAGACGAUGGUUAGAAAAAUCAAAACAAAAAUUGACUGUCAUAUACAAAUAAUUAAAAAAUAUAUAUAGUGGGGGCAUAAACGUAAAACCGGCGACUGUAUUUUGCGAGAAGAGAAAGCCCAAGCAUAAAAAGAGGGUUGUAGUGAUAUAGAGAUGCUUGGUUAGAUUAGAUAGAGAGAUUACGAUGAUGAUGAUGAUGAUGAUGAUGCUGAUGACAAUGAUGAUAUAAUCUUUGGAUUGCUUUUGGUCGCUGUAAUCAACGAAAACAUCUGAUAUUCACCGCCUCCGCCGCACCACCUCCACUUCUUUCUGGUGUAUUUUCUUCACAAGUAUGUCCCAAUACCAGGGGGAGGAAAUGGAUUACAUGGCAGACGAUUAUGAGAUGGCAGAAGUAGACGAUGAUAUGCAUUUCCGUGAGAGAAUCAUGGGUGAUUCAGAGUCUGAUGAUGAUGAUGAUGAAUAUGAUCAUUUGAACUUUUGUGUGUGCUCCGCUUGUUUUCUUUGGAUGGGGCUGCUGGUGGUUGGUUGGUUGGUCAUGCAGGACAAUAAGAUAACAGAUACAUCUGCUGCAGAUGCUAGAAGAGGAAAGGAUAUCCAGGGAAUUCCUUGGGAGAGACUGAGCAUUUCCCGCGAGAAGUACAGACAAACAAGACUAGAGCAGUACAAGAACUAUGAAAACAUCCCUCAAUCGGGAGAAGGUUCAGAAAAGGAAUGCAAGCCAACAAAGAAAGGGGGGGCAUACUAUGAGUUUUGGCGGAAUACAAGAUCAGUCACAUCAACUAUCCUUCAUUUUCAAUUGCGUAACUUGGUUUGGUCAACCACAAAACAUGAUGUCUACCUUAUGUCACAUUUCUCCAUUAUUCACUGGUCUUCAUUAAGUUGCAAGAAGACUGAAGUUCUCAAUGUUUCUGGGCAUGUGGCACCAUGUGAGAAACAUCCUGGGAGCCUCUUGGAAGGAUUUACUCAAACUCAAGUUAGUACCCUGGCAGUACGGGAUAAAUUGUUGAUUGCUGGAGGGUUCCAGGGAGAAAUUAUUUGUAAGCAUUUAGAUCGAUCAGGAGUUAGCUUCUGUUACAGGACAACUUAUGAUGAUAAUGCUAUCACAAAUGCAGUUGAGAUUUAUGAUUAUGCCAGUGGUGCAGUUCAUUUCAUGGCGUCAAAUAAUGACUGUGGGGUUAGAGACUUUGAUAUGGAGAAAUUUCAGCUUUCUAAGCAUUUCUGCUUUCCUUGGCCGGUGAAUCACACUUCACUGAGUCCUGAUGGUAAGCUUCUUACUAUUGUUGGUGACAACCCAGAGGGGAUACUGGUGGAUUCUCAAACAGGAAAGACUAUUACACCUUUAUGUGGACACUUGGAUUUCUCAUUUGCGUCUGCAUGGCAUCCUGAUGGGCGAAUCUUUGCCACUGGGAAUCAAGACAAGACCUGUCGUAUUUGGGAUGCUAGAAAUUUGUCAAAAUCUGUUGCUGUGCUCAAGGGCAACUUAGGAGCCAUUAGAUCAAUACGCUUUACCUCUGAUGGGCGGUUCAUGGCAAUGGCAGAGCCAGCUGAUUUUGUGCAUGUUUAUGAUGUGAAGAAUGGAUUUGAGAAAGAGCAGGAAAUUGAUUUUUUUGGGGAGAUCUCUGGCGUGUCUUUUAGUCCUGAUACAGAAUCUCUCUUCAUAGGAGUGUGGGAUCGCACCUACGGAAGCCUUCUUCAGUAUAACAGAUCCAGGAAUUAUACAUUUCUCGACUCCUUUAUGUGAUAUAACCCUGUAUAUCUAGGUGUGAGGUUUGUGCUAGCAAUUUGCUUGCAUGUCCAAUGGAUGUGAGGAUUGUUAGAUCCAGCAUUAGUUUUAGUGGACACAGGUGAUGUACCUCGUGUUACAUGCAGUCUGAGGGACUUAGAAAGAGAAGGGCUACUGAGGCUAUUGCUGUAAUUUCUUGUUAUGGUACAUGGGUUUAAAAUAAUACCGGGCGCCAAUAUAAGAGAAGAGGAAAGAGGUUGGAGUGGGGGGGGGAACAUGGCAUAGGAGACUCCAGCCAAAAGUUUGUAAAAUAACGGAAAGAAUGUAGGAUGCUUGGGAGUGUAUUUGGUUAGAUCUGAUUUGGGGCCACUCAUCUUUAUUGCCCCCUUCCUUGAAGUUGAAACUGCAUUUUCUUUAUUUUUUUUUGCACACACCAAAAAAAAAUGUAACUUCUUUUAUUGAUACUGGAGGGGAAAUCAGUUAAUAGAAUGUGUUGCAUGCUGUUGAA